AUGCAACUUGCUUCACCGUGGGUGACGGUCCUAUUCAGACUGGUCCUGUUAGGGGUACUCCUGGGACUGUUUCACGAUGUCGCAGCAACAGCCAUCAACCUGGAACAUCGAGCGACCGCAACCACUCGCUAUAUCGUCUCACCGAAGAAUGGAGUGGACAGCACCGGGCGAAAAAUCAUUGAGGUCUUUAUUAAAAAGACCAUCAACAAACAGAAGAUCUACUCGUACACAAAUAAGCGCCGCAAGCAGUUCCUGUGGUGGGUUGUCGAGUGCAGUCGCGAUGAGAUCAAGAAGAUCAAAAACCACAAGGGCGUGAAAUCUGCGGAUGAGUCGAUGCCACUGGAGCUCGCCUACUCUGAUGAACCCGAGCCAGCUGAUGAGGACUCCUAUUUCAACCAAACCCUGAACGAAUCGCCACUCAUGAAGCGAGACUAUACGCCCGAUUUUGUAAAGCAGCUCAACGCUGUCAAAGAGCUGCGGCAGAUAAGCAUCCCAGGAGUCAGUAGCCGGCCCGAGAGAUGGCCCGACUAUGUCUUCGAAAGGGCGGCAGGUGCGGGCGCUGUUAUCUUUCAUAUUGAAAUGGUCAAUCUCGUUCCAGAGUCCCAAUGCUGA